AUGAAGUUUUCCUGCUUGAGCAAAGGUGGUGGUUACCAUUUCCCACCAUGUCACAUACUCAACAUAUGUGGUUUUAGCAUUUUAUUAGAUUGCCCAUUAGACCUUUCAGCUCUUACAAUCUUCUCCCCUAUUCCUACUAGUUCAAAAUCCAGUUCCUUCGAUAAAGAGAAUCCCAGUUGCCCAAACCGUAGUGAUUCUUCAGAUUUGGAGGAGCCUAUGGUUCGGAAGAGACAAAAAGUCGAAAAGCCCCUGGAUGCCGAUGAUUUAAUUUAUGCAGAGCCUUGGUACAAAACUGUCAAGAACUUGCACCUGUGGAAUGUCUCUUUUAUUGAUGUGGUAUUGAUAUCAAGUCCAACGGGUAUGCUAGGAUUACCAUUUCUUACUCGAAUGAAGGGUUUUUCUGCUAAGAUAUAUGUGACUGAAGCAGCAGCAAGACUUGGACAGCUUAUGAUGGAGGAUCUUGUUUCAAUGCAUCUGGAAAUCAGGCAGUUUUUUGGACCUGAUGAGUCGUCUUUUCCCCAGUGGAUGAAGUGGGAAGACCUUACACUUCUUCCGUCUUCAUUGAAAAAUGUAGCUUUAGGCAAAGAUGGGGGAGAACUGGGUGGUUGGCUUUCCUUGUACAGUGCAGCUGAUGUGAAGGAUUGCAUGCAGAAGGUUCUGAGACUUAAAUAUGCAGAGGAAAUCUGCUACAACAGCACAUUGAUCAUAAAGGCAUUCAGUUCGGGUUUAGAAAUAGGCUCUUGUAAUUGGACAAUAAAUGGUCCCAAGGGAGGCGUUGGCUUUAUUUCAAGUUCCAUCUUUGAUUCUGCUCAUGCAAUGAAUUUUGAUUACAAUGCUCUUCGAGGGAAUGAUAUAAUAAUAUAUUCAGAUUUCUCAUUCUCGGAUGGUACGGAAGAUGUUGAGAGUGGUUAUGAUAACUCCAUUCCAACUACUUGCAAUCGGUCAUCUCUCAGAAAUUAUGAAAAUGAUUGUCAAGAGUUGGCCAAGUCCUUACUUAAUGUUGAUGAGGGGUUGGAGGAAAGGGACAAGCUAGCUUUUAUAUGCUCCUGUGUCAUUGAUUCCGUAAAAGCUGGAGGUUCAGUCCUUAUUCCCAUUAGUCGACUUGGAAUUGUUCUGCUGCUGUUAGAACAGAUAUCAACUUCACUAGAUGUUUCAACUUUGAAGGUUCCUAUGUAUAUUAUUUCUUCUCUAGCUGAAGAAUUCUUGGCCUUCUCCAACAUCAUACCUGAAUGGCUAUGCAAACAGCGGCAAGAAAAGCUCUUUUCUGGUGAGCCAUUGUUUGCACAUGCCAAGCUUGUAAAUGAGAAGAAGCUUCAUGUGUUUCCGGCAGUUCAUUCACCUAAAUUAUUAAUGAAUUGGCAGGAACCAUGCAUUGUUUUCUCUCCUCACUGGAGUCUACGGCUAGGUCCUGCUGUUCAUUUGCUCCAGCGUUGGUCUGGGGAUCAAAACUCUCUACUCAUUCUUGAGAGUGGACCGGAUGUUGAUCUGGCUCUCUUGCCUUUCAAGCCUAUGGAAAUGAAGGUUCUUGAAUGCUCAUUUCUCUCUGGCAUAAGGUUGCAGAAUGUUGAACCGUUGCUGAAGAUAUUGCAACCAAAAGUUGUUCUGCUACCUAAAGAUUUGAAGCAGAUUAGCUCUUUGAAAUCAAAUUCAUGCUCGACCUUUCAGUACUGCGUUAAUGAAACGUUACAUAUACCAAGCUUGAAGAACAAUUCAGAACUAGAGAUUGCAACAGACUUAGCUUCCCAGUUUAAUUGGAGGAACUGGAAACAAGAAAAUAUUAAUAUGACGAGGUUAAAGGGAGAGCUCUGCGUAGAUCAUGGCAGACAACGGUUGUCCACUGGCAAUCAAGAGUCCCCAGAGAGUAGACCGCUGGUACACUGGGGUUCACCUGAUUUGGAGAAGCUUUUGGUUGUGUUAUCAAACAAGGGCAUCAAGGCAACGCUUGGGGAUGCAUUUGGUUCUGAAUCAGAAAGUGCUUCUCUAGUACAUGUCCAUGAUCCCAACCAAGCUCUUAUAGAAGUCAGAACAACAAGCACUGUUAUUAGUACUGCUGAUGAAAGUUUGGCUUCCAUUAUUUUUGAAGCUAUAGAGGCGACAGUGAAGGCGGCCAGAAGGAUUUCUACCUUACUACCUCUCUUUGCUUUAGCAACUGGACAAAGGAUUAGCUUCCAUAAGCAUCUUGGAAUAAAUAAUAUCCUGAAGUGGAAGGACUCCUUUAAUACCUCGGAUUUCCUGGACUGCUCAGAGGAAAUUCUCUUCUUGGAAAGGAUGGACAUAGGGCCCCUCCUAUUGCUUGGAAGGAAAUCUGUUAACCUUGCAGCUCUUGCAAAAUUGGGUUGGAAUGUUCUUAAUUGCCUCAAAAAUGGUGAGUUCAACUUGUAUGAAAAAUUUAUUAGUUUCAUCACUCCUUUUUUGCUGCUCCUGGAAAGCAAUUUCGGAGGCUAG